AUGAAAGACAAUGAUGAGGUAGGUUUGGUUCGGCAAAGUUGGCUUGGCUUGACGAGAUCGCAAUCGAGAUGUGUCGAAGCGAGGCAACGGGAGUCGAGAGUGAUCGCCUCCUUCGCCAUCGACGUCGCCGUCGUCGUCUUCCUCCACUUAUCCGCCCCCGUCCAAUGGAUGGACCAGCGGAGGUUGGCAGCCAGCCAACGGCGAAGCGCAAAAUCUGGUCGCGCUGUCUUCGUCGUCCAAGUGGUUGUCAUCGUCGCCUUCGUGCUGUCGUUGUCGUCCUUGUCGUCGUUGUCGGCAUUGCGCCGCCUAAGCGAGGUGAGAGGACCGCUGCUGUCCCCAUUCAUCGCCCUUUCUCCCGUCAUCUGUUUUACCCUUGCCACAAAUCCUUCGUUGCUUCUUGGCGCCGUCAGAGAGGAGAUUAACUGCUACUGCUGUUGUUGGUGUCUUGCCGAGCUGGUCGGCCGGCCGGCCGGUUCAAACGUCCCCCUACGACGGGACACACGAGAAUUGACCCGCGCGAUCGGGACCGGAUCCACGCUAUCCCCUUUCCUCGUGACCCUCGCUUUUUCUGCCUCGCUUUACUGGCUUUUGUUCGACGUCGUUAGAAGUGGAGAUAACGGCGCCGUUUCGUCGCCACUCAUCCAGCUGUCGGCAAGGCCGAUCAUUGCGCGCUCGUACAUUGAGAUCUUUGCACUCGGAGGAGCGCACGAGGCGGCGAAGCGGAGGGCGAGGACGAGGGCGAAGACGAAAGCGAAGACGAAGGCGAGGACUCGAGCGGAGGAGGACACGAAGACAACGUGCAGACUGCCGGUCGGCGGCGGAUUCAUCGAUCACGGACGGAUGACGCCCGGAUUAGAGGCUUGGCGAUGGAUGGAUCAAGAGCAAAGCGCGCGAUCAGAAAUCGAUUUCGCCUCCAUUGCGUCCUCACGUCGCCCGGCCGAUCGUCUGUCCGUUCGUCCCUCGUCGGUCUCGGCCGACUCAGUGAGUUGGCUUAUGACGAGCUGCUUCGUUCGAAUUCGGCACUCGGCGCCAAGUUCCUCUAGCGAGGCACCGACAAAGGUAGGUAAGGACGAGGACGGGGCGGAACGGAAGGUAGAAGAGGGAACUGCGCGAAAGCCGAGCGAGUGA